AAACUAAACUUGUCUAAUUAAAGACCGACAAGUAAAUAUCAAAAUCUCUUUGAUGUACUCUCGUUUGUAAUUAAUUUUCUAAAGUUUCUAGACACAUUCGCUUGCCACUCGUGAAUCGAACCGGACGAAUCGAAAUGAGAGCAAAAACGGAAUUCGAAAAGACGAUAAAGUUAACUAAAACCGCGUUGUUUCUAUCCGGAAUAAACAUAUUCUUGGAAGAAUGGAACCAUUGGACGCGAACAUUUGUGGAUUCAAUUGCAUAUUACCUAAACAUCGUUGGCUUAUACUUCGUUUUGAUAGGUGAAAUGUAUUGGUUGAUCGACGGCACAAUAACUGGCAAAAGUUUCGUGGAAUUAUCGCUGAUCGUGCCAUGCCUUACCAUAAGUGUAUUAGCCACAGCAAAAGUACACUAUUUGUAUCACAACAAAGAAUCGUUGUUAGACGUAGUCGAUAAAUUAAGAGAGACUUACCCUGAUGAGAUCGAAGAAUCUGCUAAUGACAAUGAUCAAUGUCUUAAUGAUAAAAAAGAAACGGUAUACGAUAAUGACGUAACUGAAGUAGGAAUAGUGAACGAAGCGAAUGAAUUGUUGAAAUCCGUGAAUUUUCUGCUUUCGACUGUGAGUUUUGUGGUCACGAUGACUUUUUGCACGAUGCCCCUGUUCGGGAUGGCCGGUGAAUUCAUGGAAACGGGAAAAUUUGUGGUUUUGUACCCGUUCGCCGUCAAAUACCCUUUUGACGUGUACAACACAUCGUUUUGGUGUUUAUAUAUAUAUAUUUUUACAGCUAUAAUUGUCUGCACGAACAUAUUUGGCGUGGAUACUUUAUUUUAUGCUUUGUGCAGCUACAUCGGAAUGAAUUUCAGGCUAUUGAGUUACAAAUUCGAGCAUUUAGAAAUCAAACGCAACGACAGAACGAUUAACGAGAUAAUAGUACUGAUUAAAAGGCACCAGGAAUUAAUCGAGUUGGUCAACAAAACGCAGUCUUUAUAUUCUCUGUCCACUCUAUUUAACAUCGUGACGAGUUCUUUGUUGAUAUGUCUCAGCGGAUUCAAUAUCACGGUGGCUGAUGAUAUUAGUACAAUACUGGCUUUCUUCACAUUUCUCGUGAUGAGUUUCUCUCAAAUAUCUCUACUGUGCUAUUUCGGCGAUAUGAUCAUGAAAUCUAGCACUGAUGUGUGCGAUGGAAUUUACAAAUGUCCGUGGUAUAAUAUCGAUGCGAAAACCAAGAAAAUAAUAGUGCUGAUAAUGUUAAGGGCUCAGAAACCUUGCAAGCUCUCGGCCGCGAGCUUCGCUGACAUCAAUUUGAGAGUGUUCACGACGAUACUGAGCAGAUCAUGGUCGUACUUCGCUCUGCUGAAGACUAUUUACAGUUAA